GGCCGGGGCGGGAGCGCACGUGGCCUAUUUUGGGCGGAGCAGACGCGCUUGGCCGCAGCGGAGACCUCCGAGGCGGCCACAGGAGACGAUCCUUGAAGCUCCUCGCCCCAGAACACCAAGAUGCCUGGUGAACAGCAGACAGAGGAGGAGGAGGAGGAAGAGAUGCAAGAGGAGAUGGUGCUGCUGGUGAAGGGUGAGGAAGAUGAGGGUGAGGAGAAAUAUGAGGUGGUGAAACUCAAGAUCCCCAUGGACAACAAGGAGGUCCCGAGCGAGGCGCCAGCGCCGUCGGCCGACCCGGCGCGCCCACACGCGUGCCCGGACUGCGGCCGCGCCUUCGCGCGCCGCUCCACGCUGGCCAAGCACGCACGCACGCACACGGGCGAGCGGCCCUUCGCGUGCACCGAGUGCGGCCGGCGCUUCUCACAGAAGUCGGCACUGACCAAACACGGCCGCACGCACACGGGCGAGCGGCCCUACGAGUGCCCCGAGUGCGACAAGCGCUUCUCGGCCGCCUCGAACCUGCGGCAGCAUCGGCGGCGCCACACAGGCGAGAAGCCGUACGCAUGCGCGCACUGCGGCCGCCGCUUCGCGCAGAGCUCCAACUACGCACAGCACCUGCGCGUGCACACGGGCGAGAAGCCGUACGCGUGCCCGGACUGUGGACGCGCCUUCGGCGGCAGCUCGUGCCUGGCGCGCCACCGACGCACGCACACGGGCGAGAGGCCGUACGCAUGCGCCGACUGCGGCACGCGCUUCGCCCAGAGUUCGGCUCUGGCCAAGCACCGGCGCGUGCACACCGGCGAGAAGCCGCACCGCUGCGCCGUGUGCGGCCGCCGCUUCGGCCACCGCUCCAACCUGGCGGAGCAUGCGCGCACGCACACGGGGGAGCGGCCCUACCCGUGCGCGGAGUGCGGCCGGCGCUUCCGCCUCAGCUCGCACUUCAUCCGCCACCGUCGCGCGCACAUGCGGCGUCGUCUCUAUAUAUGCGCUGGUUGCGGCCGGGACUUCAAGCUCCCCCCUGGCGCCACGGCCGCCACUGCCACCGAGCGCUGCCCAGAGUGCGAGGGCAGCUGAGGGCAGCCGUUCUCGUCGCUGUGGUGCUGCUAGCGUCCGGCUGGGGGCAGGGGCACGCCGGGACCCCAACCUGGGGGCUGGAUUGACCUGGACCUCCCCGCCCCACUGGGAAAGGGGCGGGACAGCAGGCCUACCUGCGUUGGAACUGGGAGGCCAGGAGAAUCCCCUGCUGCGAUCCCAGGAAGCAGUGCCCACUUCCCCUCACUACAACCCCUUGGCCCGUGUUAGUGAAUAAAGUAUUAAAUCCUCGU